UAUUACAGCUGUUCAGUUUCGUGUUUUGAAAACAAAAAAUUGUGUUAAAAAAAUCUGCGGGCAUCGUGUGAUUUUUCAAGCACAACAAUCUUUAGCGUUUGUUGUAAUAGACAAAGAAAAGUUUUGGUUUGCUACGAAUUUUCAAAGUUAAACUGGUGAAAGUGAUGUGACAAGAGUAAUUCGUUAUAUUUUUAUUUAAUUACUUGGAAUAUAAUGGGUAAUCAGCUUGUGGGUGUCGCUCCGUCGCAAAUAUACCCCGUGGAGCACUACCUGAGCGACCAUGUUGACUUGUCCUUUGAUCAGAGCUUGGGCUCUACGAGGUUCCUCAAAGUGGCUCGAGCGAGAUCCCGCGAGGGACUGGUCGUGGUCAAAGUGUUCGCGGUGCAUGACCCAUCGCUGCCGCUGGCAGAACACAAGGAGCGGAUCCUAAAGAUCAAAGAGCAAUUGGCUUCGGCCUUCAAUUGCUUGCCAUUCCAGAGAGUUAUUCUCACAGACAAAGCAGGGCUUCUCAUGCGCGAGUAUUGCAAAUACAGUGUGUACGACCGCAUGUCCACGCGGCCCUUCCUCACGGCCCUCGAGAAGAAGUGGAUCACCUUCCAAGUGCUGUACGCGCUGCACCGGAUGCAUAAGCUGGGGAUCUGCCAUGGGGAUAUUAAGCUCGAGAACAUAAUGGUGACGUCAUGGCUAUGGGUGCUUCUCACCGACAUAGCGUCAUUCAAGCCGACGUUUCUCCCCGACGACAACCCGGCGGACUUCAGUUAUUUCUUCGACACGUCUCGACGCAGGCUCUGCUACGUGGCGCCUGAGAGAUUCGUUAGGGCUCCUGAUCCGAAUAAUAGACCUAUGAGUGAUGACAAAUCCGGUGGCCUCUUGCUAAGCGAAUCGCCUUGUAAAGUAGGCGAGCUCGUGCCGAGUAUGGACAUCUUCUCAGCUGGGUGUGCGCUACUAGAACUCUGGAACGACGGUACCCCAGCGCUGGACUUGCCCGGUCUACUAGCCUACCGUAACGGCGAGGAUCGUCCCAGUACCAUGACGCUCCCAGAAGGCAGCGACCCUCAGCUGAGGGAAUUAUUGCACUCCAUGACUGAGCGGAGCCCUAAGGACAGGCGGAGUGCCGAGCUGUAUCUGGAUGAGGCUAGGGGGAAGUUAUUCCCAGAGUACUUCUACUCCUUCCUCCAGUCCUACAUGCUGAUAUUCUCGGCGCAGCCGAUCCUGCCUCCAGACGAGAAGAUCCUGCGCAUCCAUCAGGAUAUACGGAACAUCAUCAAGAUAUUCACUCAGCCGUCCGACGCCAAGAACUAUCAAGAUCUGGUGGACGAGACCACGGAACAGCAGGGCGCUGCGAGCAUUGAUGCGUUGAUGAAGGAUGACUUCAAAGUGUUGAAGCUUAAUGUAUCAGACUACGAAGAAGAAGAAGAAAAAGCACCGGAACCAAGACAGCUAGGGCCUGACAGCGAGGGCCUGAUCCUCGUCGCGUCACUCGUGACGUCGUGCGCGCGCGGCCUGCACCACUGCACCUCCAAGCUGCGCAGCCUCGAGAUCCUGCGGCUACUGUGCGAGAGCUGCUCCGAGGAGACCGUGCUGGACCGCAUCCUGCCUUACGUGAUCCACCUGUCUCACGAUUCAGUGUCCCGCGUCCGCGCCGCGGCCGUUUGCACCGCGGCGAAAUGCGUCGGCCUCGUACGGAACCUGCCCAAAGCGGACUGCAACGUGUUCCCUGAGUAUAUCCUACCCGAACUGGCCCCUAGAGCUACGGACCCCGCGGUACCCGUACGGAUAGCCUACGCUAACAGUAUAGCAAAAUUGGCUGAAACCGCAGUGAGGUUCCUCGAUCAAACUCAAAAUAUGGUCGACAAAGAAGCAACCAAUAUAAACUACGAAACAGAACUUUCAGCAUUACAUGAAAUGGUUCGUUCAACAGUAUCGUAUUUGCUGACCGACUCACAAGCGGUCGUCAAGCGAGCGUUAGUCGACAAUGGAAUCACAAAACUUUGUAUAUUCUUCGGCAAACAAAAAGCAAAUGACGUGAUCCUAUCCCACAUGGUGACAUUCCUCAACGACAAGGAGGAGGCGGCGCUCCGAGGGUGCUUCUUCGACCGCGUGGUGGGCGUCGCCGCGUACGUCGGCCACCACGCCUCGCCCAUACUGCUGCCGCUGCUACAGCAGGGCUUAACAGACCAGUCCGAGUGGAUAAUAGCCAAGGCGUUAAGAGCGACCAGUAGCCUGGCAGAGUUAGGACUGCUGCCCAAACAGGCGCUGUGCGACUUGGUUGCUGAAAGCGCGGUGUACUUGGCACAUCCUAACUUGUGGAUAAGGCACGAGGUUUGUGGUUUAGUUUCGUGCGUGGCGAGCCUGUUCAACCGAGUCGACGUGCAUUGCAAGCUGCUGCCGCUCAUAUGGCCGCAUCUGAAGCACAAGCUGAUACAAGUGGAAAGGGCAGAGUUGCUGUUAGAAAGCCUGUCCGAUCCGAUCCCUAGGAAGGUGCUAGACGCGGUGCUGCGUCACGGCGACGUCGACAGGCUAGUCCAGACUCUGAGGGAGCGGAGGAACACUAGGUUAAAGGUAAAACAAGGUACAAUGCCCCAAUAUUCGGAAAUGGGGCAGCAACUUAGGAACCUGUUCAGAAGAUUAGCAUCUGAUGGAAUGACAGAACACGUAGAGAAUCAACUGUUGGCCAUGAGUGCUCACCUCAUAAAAAUACAGGGAUCAUCUACACAACACAUAACAGACGCGCCAGGGAGGCUAGUGCUAGCGAACACCAGUAUAUCUAAGUCAUCACAGCUAGACGUGGGAUCCGACGACAACACACUGCCUCAUGUAUCGGAUAAGAUGUAUACGUCGACACAACAGAGGCGACCAAACAAACCGUCAACGUCUCACGAAACGCAUAUGAACACAGAAUGGCAACACAUGUUCGGGCAGUCGCAUGAACAUCACACUGCCAGAGCAGCGGAAUCAACAAGCCAGUCGGCGGCCGGCGCGGCGUCCAUGGCGGCGGCGUCGCACGCAGCCUCCGCGGCGCCGGCGCACUCGCAGAUGGGACACAGCGCCAGCUACGUGCAGUAUAGCAUGGCCCCAUGCCGCGCAGAACUGAGAAACCUUACCGCUCGUAUGCAGCAAAAGUUCCAAAAGUCAUUAAGGACCCACGACGAAGGCGGUGAAGGCAACGACGAAAUCGUUCCUCCCGCGUCUUGGAGACCGGGGAAUCAGCUGCUAGCAUACCUCCAUGAACACAAAGCACGGGUGAACCAAAUGGUGACACUUCCAGCGAGUAAGAACAUGUUUGGGUCAUGUUCCGACGACGGGACGGUACGGCUUUGGGACGCGGCCAGGUUCCAGGGACACGCGUACGUCAACAGGUCCAAAGCGAUGUACAACCGGAGCGCAGGCCCGGUGGUGGCGCUGGCGGCGUGCGAGGGCGGCCAGUCGCUCGCCGCCGCCACGCAGGAGGGAUCCAUAUUCGUGCUCAGGUUGGACAGCGCCUCCUCGCGUAUGACCCUCUCACAAUGCCGUCAAGUGGAGGCCAUGGGCUUCGACGACGGCGGUUGCGAGGCGUUAGCGUGCGCGGGCGGCGUGCACGCCGGCGUCAUCUCCUACGUCACGCUCAUGGGCGCCGUGGUCGGCUGGGACCUGCGCGCGCCCGGUGAGUCCCCGCCAUCCCGCAGCCACAGCACGCCACAUGGGCUCGACGACGGCGGCUGCGUGGCGCCGGCGUCAUCUCCUACGUCACGCUCAUGGGCGCCGUGGUCGGCUGGGACCUGCGCGCGCCCGGUGAGUCCCCGCCAUCCCGCAGCCACAGCACGCCACAUGGGCUCGACGACGGCGGCUGCGUGGCGCCGGCGUCAUCUCCUACGUCACGCUCAUGGGCGCCGUGGUCGGCUGGGACCUGCGCGCGCCCGGUGAGUCCCCGCCAUCCCGCAGCCACAGCACGCCACAUGGGCUCGACGACGGCGGCUGCGUGGCGCCGGCGUCAUCUCCUACGUCACGCUCAUGGGCGCCGUGGUCGGCUGGGACCUGCGCGCGCCCGGUGAGUCCCCGCCAUCCCGCAGCCACAGCACGCCACAUGGGCUCGACGACGGCGGCUGCGUGGCGCCGGCGUCAUCUCCUACGUCACGCUCAUGGGCGCCGUGGUCGGCUGGGACCUGCGCGCGCCCGGUGAGUCCCCGCCAUCCCGCAGCCACAGCACGCCACAUGGGCUCGACGACGGCGGCUGCGUGGCGCCGGCGUCAUCUCCUACGUCACGCUCAUGGGCGCCGUGGUCGGCUGGGACCUGCGCGCGCCCGGUGAGUCCCCGCCAUCCCGCAGCCACAGCACGCCACAUGGGCUCGACGACGGCGGCUGCGUGGCGCCGGCGUCAUCUCCUACGUCACGCUCAUGGGCGCCGUGGUCGGCUGGGACCUGCGCGCGCCCGGUGAGUCCCCGCCAUCCCGCAGCCACAGCACGCCACAUGGGCUCGACGACGGCGGCUGCGUGGCGCCGGCGUCAUCUCCUACGUCACGCUCAUGGGCGCCGUGGUCGGCUGGGACCUGCGCGCGCCCGGUGAGUCCCCGCCAUCCCGCAGCCACAGCACGCCACAUGGGCUCGACGACGGCGGCUGCGUGGCGCCGGCGUCAUCUCCUACGUCACGCUCAUGGGCGCCGUGGUCGGCUGGGACCUGCGCGCGCCCGGUGAGUCCCCGCCAUCCCGCAGCCACAGCACGCCACAUGGGCUCGACGACGGCGGCUGCGUGGCGCCGGCGUCAUCUCCUACGUCACGCUCAUGGGCGCCGUGGUCGGCUGGGACCUGCGCGCGCCCGGUGAGUCCCCGCCAUCCCGCAGCCACAGCACGCCACAUGGGCUCGACGACGGCGGCUGCGUGGCGCCGGCGUCAUCUCCUACGUCACGCUCAUGGGCGCCGUGGUCGGCUGGGACCUGCGCGCGCCCGGUGAGUCCCCGCCAUCCCGCAGCCACAGCACGCCACAUGGGCUCGACGACGGCGGCUGCGUGGCGCCGGCGUCAUCUCCUACGUCACGCUCAUGGGCGCCGUGGUCGGCUGGGACCUGCGCGCGCCCGGCAACGCGUGGAAACUACAGGGAGACUUGAAGCUAGGAGUCUACACGUGUCUGUAC